GGCAACGACGGCGGAGUGCACGGCGAAAAAACCGUUCAAAGUGGCCGCUCCAAUUAGUCGCUAAACGUAGCUCGCCGCGAACAGUUCUCUCAGCAUCGAUACCUACGUAGACACGGGGAUUCGGAAAGGUGCGAAUAUUGCUCGAUACGGUUGAAUUCCUGAACAGCGGAGAUUCGGAACCGGCAGUGUGUGUGAUUGACACCAAUUGUGUGUUGGGUGUAAAUAAGGUUCACACUUGUUUGAGAUUUAAGUUCGGGCACAGGCAGUCGGUGUGAAGUGUGUGACAUCAACGACUUUUUUUCUGUAAACUCUGAUAAGGGAUAUCAUCGGAAACUUAUCACUACGGCAGCAAAAGUAUAUCAACAGUCGGCGGCAGAGGCGACGUUCACCAUUCACCGGUGUGCCAAUUGAUAAAGUGAUUAUUGUUUGCAUUUCAAAAGUGGAAACCAGAUAUCACUUAAUAACGAGGCGCGAUGGAUCCCAGUAUUCUAGCAACCAUGGACCGUGACGCACUGAAGAAGCAGAUCGAGAACAUGAAGUACCAGGCUUCGAUGGAACGGUGGCCAUUGUCAAAAAGCAUCGCUGCGAUGCGAGAAUAUGUGGAGGAGAACGAGAAGAACGACCCGCUGAUCCACGCGCCCGACAAGAAGAACAACCCGUGGGCGGAGAAGGGCAAAUGCGUCAUCAUGUAAAUACUCCAUCUACAUCUUCAAACAAAAAACAACAACCGAACCACACUCGAUCCCACUAUUGACUCCAUAACAUCAGAAAAAAUAUCUUUAUAGAACAAAAAACAGUGUCAGAAAAAUACGACCACAAAUUUCCUCAUCUUUCUGUAAGAUCUUUUACUCACACACAAACUUCCUGCGGUUACCGAUCGUUCGAUUGUGUUCGGUAAUCGACCCUACUCACACAAUUCUAUUGCUUACCUUUAUACUUAGCCGAAUCGAUCUCGAAGAAACCGAAUCAAGCCGUUCCCAAUCAAUAAAUUCGUUGUCGUUGUGCGCUUUCAGUUCGUUCGGGUAUUUGCCUAUUGUUUGGUUGUUUGUCCCCAAAUUCAGUUGGAAUGUUAUUUGGUUCUGUAAUACCGGAUUAAGGAAGACGAUCUAUUGUUAGUGUAAUCAAAAAAGUGGAUAAACAUAUAACACGUAAUACUCUGAUAUCUGAUGAAAAGAAAUAUGAAAAUCUCAGCAUGAACCUGUACAAAACUGAAACAAAAGCUUUGUUUUAUUUCACUUGUAUUUAUAGACAAAAGUUAAUCCAAAGUUGCUCGAUUCUUUCUUGUCCUUACUCAGUCGAUCUUUAUUUUACGUUAUUCCCCAAGUAAUAAUUAUGGUUUUAGGAAUAUAAAAGAUGUUAAACCCUAAUCAUUGCUUGGUUUAUUUAUUUCGGGUGAUGGUGUGGUGUUUAUGUUUUAUUUCUGGGACGAAAAAUCGCGAUCCAAUUGGACGAAAGCCUUGUACAAAAUCCCCACUGCCUUACCCCCCCAAAAAUGGGGAUUCCGUUCCUGGGUUGUUUCUCUGUUUGUGUUACGUGCAAUAGGAUUGUGAUCGGUUCACGAGAAAGGAUUGGAACUUGUGGAGUGGAACCGCUCGAUUGUGUCUCUUGAUCAGGGGAGUGCCAAUUGUACAGUGUCUUAUUUUGUUUGUUAGUAGCUUAUUUAGAGUUUCCGAACGAGUCAGUCAUCGAGUUCCGAAUUUUUGUUGUUUCCCUCCCAUAACAGAUAAGAAUGCCAGUAGCUGUAAACCUUCCCAGCCUACAAACGUGGCUUUCCAUCGCGUGUAUCACCAAUGCCACCAAGAACAGCAGCGAUAGAGGUUUUGCGGAGUAGACGAGCACUGCCUGUUUUGGGAGAAAAGUGGUGGAAGGAAAUCGAACAGGGGAAGCCAACGAAUGUACGGAACCAUUUUUGGUUAUGAUUGUGUUCUAUCAACGUAAGAUAUAUGAUACAGAUAAUUUAAGUUUGAAGGUACCAGAUAGAAGCCACGGAAGUUAACAGAUUAAUAAAUACAAACACACACACAUUUCGAGUUGAUUGAGAUACUUUUUAUAGACAGGAACUUGUGCAAAAGCGAUUAGGUGUCAUACUUGGAGUUUGAAUAAGAAUGACCGAGCAGUGCCAUCUGUUGUUCAAGAGAUGCCAACGAUGACAAACAGAUGGAGCAUCGUUGGCUGCGAAUGCAUCAAGUUUUCUUAUCUGCAGUGAAAUGUUCUCGAUGUGCUUUUCAACUCACAGAUUCGCGGUCCCUGGCAGGAUUCUCCCACAUUAAUCAUAAGGUUCCAAUUUAUGUAAGCCAUUCGCGCUUGAAAAAUGCCAGUGCAAAAAUGUGAUCGACUUCGAAAUCAAGCUGAUAGUUUCUUCCAGUGAUGUAGUCCAGUUAGAAAACAUGAUAGCGUCUCCUGACCGCUUUUUUAUGUGUAAUCGUCCCAACUUAACAACGCAAUUCGAAUCUGAAAAUCUAGAUAUAUUGUCGAAAAUUAAUCCUUUGCCGAAGAUAGGGAAGAUAAAAGUUUUGUGAUAGUUUAAAAUUCUAUUUUCCAUGUUCAAAAUCCGGGGCUUUGAGAAGAAAUUAAAUUAAAACAUUCGUAAUAAAUCUGAUGAUAAAAAUACUUACAAUCAUAUGACCAAAUAUACAGAUAAACAGUACUUACUAGUCACAGAAAACUCGAAACAAAUCUUUCUAUCACCCUUAAAACAUACUUCCGGCGCAGAGAACAGACGUCCCAGCUAAGUCGAAUUGUUUGUGUAAAUCAUUGUAACUGUUUCAAAAAGACUUGCCAUGUUACUGUAACGCGGCACUGUAACCCAUAGAAUGAUGACACAAAGUGGCCGUAUUGUACUUUUUGGCGCUAGCGUCGCUAGUGUAGUUCAGCGUCAAAAUGCUGUCAAAUCAAGUUUUCCGAUAAAGCUGUUACCGUCGAUUGCAUGUCUGUUCUCUUUGCUUUUCAGUGCAUAAUCCUUACGAAAACUUAAGCAUACAACACAGUUCAUUGAACAUAUUAAACAAAAUACUUAAAUCAGUAAGUCACAAUUCAGAAAUCGAAAGUGUUUCAAUUAAUUUGUAGCUUGUUUAUUCUAAAGAAAACACAAACACAACUAAAUCACUUGAUAGACAUUAUGUUCAUGUCGGAAUAAAAGAGCAUAUAAUACCAUUUGAAUAAAAUGCAAAGUAAUUCGAUCAACAAAAAA